AUGCUAGAUGCCGGAUCGGGAAUUGCAAGCAUCAUUGGGGCAGUUACCGGCGGACAUACAUCCGACACAAACAAAGGGGAUUUUUUUACUGUUGGCGGCCCGAGCAAUACAGGGAAAGAACUAGCAGAAAAUGAAGUUUGUCACCACGGACAAAGGGGUUUCUGUAACGACUACAUACAAUGUCCGACUGGACAUACGUGUAUGUUCAGGAAGAACGGGGGUAUAGGGAAGUGCUGCACAAAUGGUAAAGCUGUCGUGUCUGGUAAAGAUACAACUAUUGGUUCUGCUGGAAGAUCAGGCGACAGCAAUAGCGGUGGACGUGCUGUCGUUUCUGGUAUAGAUACAACUAUUGGUUCUGCUGGAAGAUCAGGCGACAGCAAUAGCGGUGGACGUGUAGUUACUGGCGAUGGUUUUAAAAUCGCAGAUGUCGGAUCGGGUAUUGCAAACGUGGUUGUCACAGGAGACAACAGCAAUGGCGGUGGUGUCAUUACUAAUGAUGCUUCUAGAAUUGCAGAUGCAGGAUCUGGAAAGGCCAACAUUAUUGGGUCAGCUCUUAUCAAUAAUGGCGGUGGUAAAGGUGGUGGUUCCGGAACCGGAGGCAUUGGUGCUACAACAAAUGGUCCUGGGAACGGGUCACCUCAAUCAGCUGCAGUCGAAAGUGGAAAAUGCAAAUACGGUGACGCCGGUUCAUGCAACAGCUUUAUCAAAUGUUCAAAUGGUCACACGUGCCAGUUUCUGGACGCAACGUCGCUUGGCAGGUGCUGUAAAAAUUAUCCAGAUGCCAAGUCUGAUAUAGUAAACAUUAUUGGGUCUGGUCGAAAAACUGGUGAUACUCAUGCCGUCGGGAGUAUACUAGCUGGUGAUGGUACUAGGAUUGCAGAAUCUGGAAAAUGCAAAUACGGUGGAGCCGGUUUCUGCAACAACGCACUUAAAUGUUUGGCCGGUUACACUUGCCAGUUCACUGACGGAACUGCACUCGGAAAGUGCUGUAAAGAUGCACCAGGUGAUGUGAGAAAAGAUGACAAGGGAUCCAAAAGUCAAGGAAUGCACCUCGGGAGUGGGAAAUACAAAGACGUUGAUAAGACCGAUAAGUAUGGUCUAACGCUCAAAAACAAAGAACAUAAUAGUGAUCGUACAAACGACGAUGUCGGUAAUCUUAAAGGAACUAUUUUACAAGGAAUCGGAAGAGUUGGCGGAACUACCAGUGGCAGCGGGAAUGGUUCACCACAAACAAUUGGAAAACUGAACGUUUGUGAGCACGGAACAGCCGGGUUCUGCAAUGAAAACGUCAAAUGUCCAGCUGGGCACACGUGCUCGUUCAUGGACACCGGACUAGGGAAGUGCUGCAAAAAUGGACCAGAAGUAUACAAAGGUCACAGAACCAAACGCAGUUUAAAUGAUAAAAGAAAGGACCUGAAAAGCGGUGAAAUUAAAGACGCCAUGAAAAAGAAAGAAUCCAUGAAAUGCAAGCAUGGUGGAGCCGGCUUUUGCAACGACGCCCUUAACAUUAAAUGUCAGGCUGGUUACACAUGCCACUUCGCUGACGGAAAUUCGCUCGGCAAGUGUUGCAAGGACGUGCCAGCAAGUGUUGCAAGGACGUGCCAGGUAAGCCAAUGGGUUGAGUGUGUAUCCUGUAACGACACUUCGCUCAGCAAGUGUUGCAAGGACGCGCCAGGUAAGCCAAUGGGUUGA